AUGAAUCAGCAAUAAAACUCAUCAAGUGGCUCUAACGCACCUAGAAACGUUAGAUUCAACGAGGCCUCUAAUCUACAAGAACUCUCAUAAUCAGUACUUCAGUCGCAUCAUCAGAUGUCUGAGUACAAUAGGAGAAGAGGACAUAUAGGCGGUGGAAUAAACAAACUCCAGAAUUCUUACACCUUUAACAAUCUCAGUUCACAUAGACCAGAUGGACUUUCUUCUAGCAAUAUGAUUGGAAUGAACGCUGUCGAGGCUUCGAGUGGAACCUAGGUUUUAUAUGGAACUAACAUUAAUUCAAACGAUGUGCAGUCUAAACUUAGAAACUUCAUUACGAAUUUCACACAUAUGGAACCUGAUGAUGAAAGAUUUGAUAAGAAGCCAUUUUAUUAGGAGCAGUUAGAGCAAAUAUUGGAAACUGAAUAAUACAUCCUAGAUGUCAACUGUGAUCACAUUUAUGAGUUUGAUCAGGGGUUAUAUGCACAACUUGAAAAUUACCCCACUGACAUUAUUCCCAUCUUCGAUCUUGUUGUGACAGGCAUGUUCAAGGAAAUCUAGAUGCAAAACAACGAGGGAGCAGAGGAAAAUUAGGGAAGUGAUCCAAUUAUCCAAGUUAGACCUUUUAACUUGAGAGUCAAUAACAGAAUGAGAGAUUUAGACCCAUCUCACAUUGACAAACUCAUUUCAAUCAAGGGUAUUGUUAUCAGAAAUUCAGAUAUUAUUCCUGAAAUGAAGGAAGCAAGUUUCAGAUGCUACAAGUGCCAGUAUGAGCAUCAAGAAUUCAUUUAAAGAGGUAAAAUAUUUGAACCAGAUACUUGCGAAAGAUGUAAGAGCAGAUAUACCUUCUAAUUGAUUCAUAAUCACUGCUACUUCAGUGAUAAAUAGCAUGUCAAGAUGCAAGAAACUCCUGAAAGCGUUCCAGAGGGAGAAACUCCAUACACUAUUCACUUGUGUGCAUACGAGGAUUUAGUAGAUUAUGUAAAGCCAGGUGAUAGAGUAGAAGUCAUUGGUAUCUACAAAGCCAUGGGUGUAAGAGUUGACUCAAGCAAGAGAACUUUGAAGAAUGUCUACAGAACAUAUGUUGAUGUUAUCAACUACGUAAAAGCAGACAAAAAGAGACUAAAUAUUGACACUAAUCAAGAGAUGUAGAUUGACGAAGCUGCAGUUCAAGACUUAAUGCUUUAAGACGAGCAUCAAGAAAUGUUCACUGAUUCCCAGGUCUAAAAAUUCAAAGAGUUUUCAAAAGAUCCUUAAGUGAUUGAUAAAUUAGUCGAUGCAUUUGCUCCUAGUAUUUGGGAAAAUCAAGAUGUUAAAAAGGGUAUUCUUUGUCAACUAUUCGGUGGAUGCAGCAAAGAAUUCUCUCAAAGUGGUAGAGGUAGAUUCAGAGGUGAAAUUAAUAUUUUACUCUGUGGUGACCCAUCAACUGCAAAGAGUUAACUGUUGCAAUAUGUACAUAAAAUUGCUCCAAGAGGUAUUUAUACCUCAGGUAAGGGAAGUUCUGCAGUUGGUCUUACAGUCUACAUUACUAAAGACCCAGAGACAAGAGAAAUUGUUUUAGAAAGUGGAGCAUUAGUACUUUCUGAUAGAGGUAUUUGUUGCAUUGAUGAGUUCGAUAAGAUGGAUGACAACACAAGAGUCAUUUUGCAUGAAGCAAUGGAGCAAUAAACAGUAUCAGUAGCCAAAGCUGGUAUCAUUUGCACACUCAAUGCUAGAACAGCCAUUCUUGCAGCUGCUAACCCUGUAAACUCAAAGUAUGACCCAAAGCUCUCAGUCGUUGAAAACAUCAAACUUCCACCAACUCUUCUCUCUAGAUUUGAUUUGAUCUAUCUCAUCCUAGACAAGCAAAGCGAUGCACAUGAUAGAAGACUAGCUAAUCAUAUUGUUUCACUUUAUUCAAGUCACCAAAAGAAAGGUGAGGAGAAUAUCCUCAAUAUGAGCAACAAUGAGAACCCUGUUCUAAACACUGACCUCAUUAAAACUAACUAGGGCAUUACUAGAGAGUUCUUCGCUUCUUACAUUUCUUAUGCUAGAAGAUUCAUAUCUCCUAAGAUUACAGACACUGUUGUUCCAACUCUGGUUUCAGCAUACACGAACAUGAGAAGUUUAGGUAAUUCUAAGAAAACCAUCACUGCUACACCUAGACAACUUGAAUCAACCAUUAGACUAGCUGAAGCUAUUGCUAAAAUGAGAUUAAGCGAAGUAAUUGAAGUGAGAGAUAUCGAAGAGGCUGUUAGAUUGAUAAAAACCGCUAUGUAACAAAGUGCUACAGAUCCAGUUACUGGAGAAAUCGAUAUGGAUAUUAUUGCUACUGGUGUUUCUUAAUCUUCAAGUGAAAGAGUCAAACAAGUCAUUCAAAUCGUUAAGAAGAUCUAUGAGGACCAUCAGGAUAGAAUCAAGCUAAAGAAAUCAGGUAUUCCCUACGCCUUAUUAUUCGAAUAUGUUCAAAAGAAGUUCAAUGAGCAAGCAAAUUAAAAGAAGGUGCAAGAGAAGAAGUUGAAUGAAGUUGAGGUGAGAGACGCUCUGAGAUAGCUCGAGGAGGAGAACGUGAUCUCGACCUAUGGUAACACCAAAAUGCCAGUAAUAAGAUUUAUCACCGAAUGA